CGCAGUUGAUAAUGCAAACUACUUUUAAUCUUCUUCUUCUACAAUGUCUCAACCAGUUCUCGAAUACUACGACGUGAUAUUGAGACAAGAGGAUGUAGACACCUUGAGAGAAGGAGAGUGGAUUGCCGACACCAUCAUAGAAUUCCAUGAAGAAUAUCUCGAACGAACUGCCUUGAAGAAGAGUCAAGGCAUCAGAUUGUUGAAACCAAGCGUUUGCUACCUUGUGGCACAUAUGCAGGACACGUCUGAUCUAACAAGCGUCGUACCUGCGGAUCUACCAACAUCCCAAGCGAUAUUUAUACCAGUGAAUGACGCGACUGAUUUAACAUGUGCAGAUUCAGGAAGCCACUGGUCUCUACUUGUUUACGCUCGACCUUUCAAUGCAUUUUAUUACUACGAUAGUUUGCGCGACUCUAAUUUGAAAUCGGCAAUAGCGGUAGCCAGCAAGAUUGGACCCCUACUAAGUCCCACAAAACCCAACUUUAUCCAUCAGAAAACCGCACCGCAACAGGAGAAUGGAGCUGAUUGUGGAGCUUGUGUUAUUGGUGUGAUAGAUGUCAUUGUCAACCGCCUUUUACAGCCACAAACACCUGGCACGGCGCUCAAUCCAGACGCCAUCAUGUAUGUAAACGAUCAAGAUAUCCUCCCACCAUCAACUGUGCGCCGUGCUCUACGAGACAUCAUUAUAAAGCUUGUCAAAGUUGCUAAUAAUACUCCUGGAAAUGCACUUCGUGCUGGUGACGAUGUGCCUGUUAGUACUGCAUAGAUAUAUAGCAUUUUUCUUCUGCUCACAUUUUUUCACACCUGUUAACAAUGCAAAGUCUAGUAUAUAAAACUGUUUAAAGAACAAGUUUCCAUAUUUCGAACAACA